GCCACUAGUCCUCUUGGCUUCACUUUGAACACGCCCGUAGCAGGUGCUUUUUGAACUAAGUGUGCAGUUGUGUUUUAGGCUGUGACUUUCAGGUUAAGUAUAAUUCUGCCAAAACCAAAAACCAACCAACCAAACAAAAAAGCCUGAGAAGAUUUGAGGAGACCUGGGUUUGGGGCUCAGUGACAGUCAUCAGCAAGAAGCCGACUGAAGGUUGCCCGCUGCCUGUUGCGCCUCACCUUCAGGCAGCAACUGGCCACUGGCUGGAAACAGCACUGCAUCUGCCAGCAUCCAGCCAAGUCAUUGACUCAAGAACAUCAGAGCAUCAUUGCUGGGGACCAGUUAUGUCAAACCCAGUGGGCAGAGUACCAGAAACCACAUCGUAUGGGUCUCGGAUUGGGAUGACAGAGGACUCCCUCUCCAUCUUGGAGCAAAGCAGAGGCUGCGAAGACCCCUGGGAGAUGGGGGAAACCAAACCAAACGUGGAAGCCCUGGAGCGGGGCAUGCCAGGCGUCUAUCUCUCCUGCUUCGACAUGCUCCUCACAGAAGAUGCUACUUGGCUGGUGAAAGUUUCAGAGGCCUCUUCAGCACUGGCUUUACCCAUGAACCGCGUAGAACCCCGGGAGGAACCGGAGCAGUGCCCGGUCAUUGAUAGCCAGGAACAGGGGAUCUCUCCUGGCCUGGAGGGGCAGGAGGAGGAGCGAUCCCUGGAGCAGGUGCAGAGCAUGGUUGUGGGAGAAGUACUGAAGGACAUUGAAACAGCCUGCAAACUGCUCAACAUCACCCCAGAUCCGAUAGAGUGGAACACUGGGAAUGUCCAGAAGUGGCUGCUCUGGACUGAACAUCUCUACAGAUUGCCCCAUGCGGGAAAGGCCUUCCAGGAGCUGACGGGAAAGGAUCUGUGCGCCAUGAGCGAGGAGGAGUUUCGCCAGCGUUCCCCGCAGUGUGGAGACACGCUGCACGCACACCUGGACAUAUGGAAGUCAGCUGCAUGGAUGAAAGAGCGGUUUUCCAUUGGAGAGACUAAAACUACAGGCAGCGAGGAGCUAUGGUCUGAGGCAGAUUCAUCUUGCUCAGGUCAACCAAUUCAUCUGUGGCAGUUUCUCAGAGAGCUCCUGCUCAAACCCCACAACUAUGGACGUUGCAUUCGCUGGCUCAAUAAAGAAAAGGGUAUUUUCAAAAUCGAAGACUCUGCUCACGUGGCGAGACUGUGGGGACAACGAAAGAAUCGACCUGCAAUGAACUACGACAAGCUGAGCCGUUCCAUACGUCAGUACUACAAGAAAGGCAUCAUCCGCAAGCCCGACGUGUCUCAGAGACUGGUCUACCAGUUUGUUCACCCAGUAUGAGACUGCAAGCAAAGUGGGAGGAGAAGGCAGAGGACGAUGAGAUGGGAACUACAAAGACAAACUGUGUCACCAUGCACCUGAACACCUAAUUCCUGAGAUGAAAAGGUGACAUGGAACAUGUGCACUGAAUUACCCCAAUGGUACACACCUGACUGCCAACACUGAAUAACAGCUGGCAGCUGCUGCAGUCUUAUCGGUGCAAAGCCAGACAGGAAGAGACAAAAACAGUGUAGCUGUUGAGGCUUUUUCCUGCUGCAAAAUUAAAAAGACAACAGAAUAAAAAAAACAUAGACAAAGCAAAACAGAAAAACAGUACAUGAACUGCCUUAUUAUUUGCAUGAUCUGCCUGUUGAUGUUUCCCUAAUGUAAUUUCCAAAUAUCUUGAGCUCAAAUCAAAGCGUUACAACUGAUGGCUCUUCGGUAAAAGCGUCUACAGCUGCACUGGCUUUGUCUGAACAGGAAACUCUUCUUAUCUCAUCUUGAAGCACCUGAGAAAUGGACUUCCUCUUUUUAGGAAUUGCCUCAAAUCCUGCUGUGGAAGUGUACUAGGGACCCUUGUAUAUAUGUUUGUUUUCUAAUGUAUAACUUCUGAAGUGUGAUGCAUUCCUCUUUGAAUACCUUUAUAUAGUUUACCCUGCCUGGUCCAUUUACACAGCCGUAUACUGCAGUUAAUGCUGUGGGUCUUUGAAACCCAAAGUUUUCAAAAUGUAAUAAACCAAAAAGACUUGAAAUGAAUAAUCAUAUACAAAUGGAGACAAAAUAUGCAAAAAAAUAAAGUUUUAUCUGAGAA